AAGGAAAGAGAAACACCAUCUCCUUGGUGGUGGUAAUCAUGUUCGUGCAAUUGUUUGCUUUCUCAAAUAUAGGAAACAGAAGAAGACAACUCGGGGAAGGUUGACUUUUCCAUUAACCUCCACAGUACAAAAAAAAUCUGACUGCCUGCCUGAUUUCCAUAAGAGCAUUGUCAUUUCACAGAUGUUGCCUUCGUACACACUGACAUUUAAGAAAGAUUGCUGAGAAAUGAGAUGAGGUCAGAAAUCAGAGGUGGAUGAUUAUUUCUUUCUGAAUAAACAGCUCCUGUACUGGAAUGAAGACCAACAGAAACAAUAUGUUUGGUGCUGGAAUAUCCAACAACAAGGUCAAGUAUUCAAAGCUGGCAGCUGAUGAUGAUGGUUACAUUGACUUACAGUUCAAGAAAAGUCCACCAAAGGUACCGUACAAGGCGAUUGCACUGGCAGUGUUCCUGUUUUUGAUUGGUUCCUUGCUGAUAAUCUUUGGGGCCCUUCUUCUCUCAGGAAUCAUACAGGUUGAGCACCCAGAUCGCACCAUUCCCGUCAUCAUCAUUGGAAUACUGGUUUUCCUUCCUGGAUUUUACCAUUUGAGAAUCGCCUAUUACGCCUACAAAGGGUAUCGGGGUUACUCGUAUGACGACAUCCCAGACUUUGGCGACUGAGUGUCCCUUUGUUCUGAAAGCCAGCGACCCUGAGACGCCUGCCUGCUGCUCACUUUUCUGAUAGUUUGUUACAAAACAAAACAAAAAAACGCUAAAUGUAUUUUCUGGUUCUGGCCGUGAAGCACCACACAGGAUUUUAACUGUUCUGCUAGAUUUCAUUAGUCUAGUAGAAUCUGACAUAUUGUCAUCCACAGAAAACCCUGAAGAACUCUUCAGGCUUUAAAUAUCUUGCUUAACUGACAGCCAGUCGCUUACUGAGUAAAAGAUGUCAAUAGCGAGCAGCUGUUGUCUCAUAAAAUUACAGGAGUAUUGUUUUUACUCCUUC